UGAUGUACGCCUAGAAUUUUUAACAUCGACUAUUUAUAUCCGCAGUUAAAAAUACACAUUCUAAAUAUAUGGCUUUCGGUCGAAACAGUAUUGCACAGAAACCCACUCAAAACGCGAGUUUAUUCUCCGGAUUGUCUUGGUGGAUUUUUAGUUAAUAACUUUUCAAAUAAUUUAAAAAAGUGUCAGCCAGGAAAUUAUAAUGAAAGUGCCUAACGUUAUAACACCGAGUUGCAGCCUUGCCCAAACCAAAAUUGGACGUGUUGCGUGGUAGUGGCGAUUUAUUAGUCAAAAGUUAUUUACAAACUUAAUUUAAUUUUUAGUGUUAGUGAGAUCGUUAAAAUGUCGCAAGCUCAACAGUUAAAACGCAGUCAAAAAACGGAUUUUUCUCCCGGUCCUCCCGGUAUCCUAAUGCGGGAAAGAAGUUUCGUAAAACCUAAUCGGGAUUCCUUGAAACGUCGCAGUCAAACAAUGGCCACAAUAAGAGCGGGUAAACCAACAAUGGAAAUUUAUAGACCACCCAAUGUUAGAACUGACAUACCUCCAGGCAAGUUAAACGUUCAUGCAAAAGAAUUUACUAUGAAUGAACUUCAAGCAUCUAAAUCCAGUGGCAAUCUUCAUUUAGCCAUGGGUUUUGAACCAAUGCCUCUGCAACAUUCUAAAUCAAGUGGAAAUAUUUUACGGCACGUGAAUCACCCGGGAUUUAUCCCAAUCCUUCCUGCAGGAAUGCCCUUGCCUCUUUUACAUUCAGCUUCAGCUGCUCAACUUAUAGGAGCAAUGCAAAGACCUAACUAUCAUCAGUACGCGCCAGAAUUACUUGCGCAUCCUGUAUUUUCUGGACAAAACCACCCACAACAAAUGUAUCAUCAAAAUAAUUGGGCACCUAAUAACUAUCAGAAUAAUCCUCCUGCAUCAGCUCCUUCACCUUCACUGAAACGAUCGAAAAGCUUAGGAGCUUCAGACUCCCAAAAUCUUGUAACCAAAUUAAAAAGUAUAGUUAAAGAAGACAUUGACAUUCAAGUAUUUGCUGAAGAAGAUCAGGCAAACAUUAAACAAGCAAUGGAUGAUCCCAAUCAACUACCUUCUAGGACUUUAAUGGACUUGGUAAAAAUAAUAAUGGAAAAAGCAGUGGAAGGCAUUAAAUAUAGUGAGUCAAUAGCCAAGUUGUGCGUUACAAUAAUAGAAGCAGAAAAAAACCAAACGUUCCUUGAGUCAUUAUUGAACACUUGCCAACAAUGGUAUCAAGAAAAAGACAAAAUUUUAAGGGGCAUCAAAGCAGGAGACGGCACCAGAUUUACAGCCUUUAUGUGGUUCCUAACAGAGCUUUAUGGUCUACUCAAACGUCAACAAAUCAAAGAAAAUCAAGAAUUACUUCAACCGGAACUAGUGCUCCUCUCAGUCUUAGCCAAAUGUUGUCAAGCAUGCGUAAGCUUACCAAUCAAAUGCUUAUCGGAAAGUGAAUGUUUGUUUUUUGUUUUGACGUCUAUCGGACGCGAUUUGGAAUCGGAAAUUCCACAACAACUCGAACUGCUAUUGGCCAGUGUCCGCGACGGAUUUUUGGCAAGCGCCGGUUCGGCAAGCGUGAGACGUACUUUGCUUCAAUUGAUCGAGUUGCACGCUUCAAAUUGGCAAUUGCCAGGAUCGUCCGUGCUGUAUUAUUAUCCGAGAAUAAAAUAACGGACUUUGGGAAUGACAGGUUAUGAUGAUAUUGGAUUAUGUGGACUGAAACUAUGAAGUGAUAAUUUAUAAGUCAAUUUAUUUUUCUUGGCAACUUGAGCAUUAUUUUAUUUGGAUCGUAUGUGCCAUAAGUAUAGGUUUUUCUUUGUCAAGAUUUUUCACCAUUAUUGGAAACUUUUGCAAUUGCUUUGAAAUAAUUUUUUGUACUUAUCCGCAUUAAAGGUAAGAUAUUAUAUUA